AUGAAUAUUUGGAUUGCCUCGGCAGACAACCUUAUUGACAAGGUCAAAGACUACAUUGAGACGCAGGGCAUGAGUCCGAACUCCAAGGAUGAAAACGGCUACACCCCACUGCAUGCUGCGGCAGAAUGGGGUCACUUUGAUCUCAUUUCGUACCUGCUGGAGAAAGGUGGAGACGUGAACAUUACUGAUUCUGACGGCGACACGCCGCUCCAUGCCACAGAGUCGGUUGAAAUGGCCAAGUUUUUGGUUGAACACGGUGCAGAUCCCAAAAAGAAAAACAGCGAAGGGCUCACCGCGCUCGAAAAGGCCCAAGAAGAAGACCCUAUGGAACUGUCAGAUCUCAUAACAUAUUACCGCGAGCUCAACGGCGAAACAGUUGAAAAGCUGCCUGAGGAUAUGAGCGUUUCCAUGUCGUAUGCUGAAGAGGCUUCCGGAACGCCUCUGCUGGGCGAGGAACAGCGCAAACAGCUCGAAGAAAUCGUGCAGAGAGAGGACGAAGCAGAGUUGACAACGUUCCUCCAGAACGCUUUGCUACAGGCUCAGGCUAAAAGCGACUCUCCUAACAAACGCCAGCACCUCGAUGAACAAUAG